AUGUCAAGUUUACUUUCCAGCUAUGAGGCAGAAUUCCAAACCACACUUCAGCAAGCGAAAACGCUGCUUUCAGUAGCACCUUCUCAACCAAUCAGUCAAAGAACUGGCACUCUUAAAGAAGUGGAACAACAGCACGACGAACUGCUCGAUUUAAUCGAUCAGAUUGAAAUAGAAGUAAACAAUGGAGCUUUGGAUCUUCAAGAGCGGAGCUUGUUCAAGGAAAAAGUUCGUAAAUAUAAAAAACAGGUUCAAACUGAUGUUAAGCUACAGUUGCAACAACUUGAGGAUUCUCGUAAUAGAGAUCUUCUAUUUGGGGACGCCAACGGGGAUAAUGAGCCAAAUGCCAGUAGUGGCCAACGGCAGCAGUUAUUGUCUAACCAUGCAAUUCUUUCUCGCACGGGUGACAAGCUUCGAGAUGCAACAAGGAUGGCCGUCGACACUGAGGGUGUGGGCUCUCAAAUCAUGAUGGAUCUACGAGCUCAAAGAGAAACAUUGGAAAAUGCAAGACAAACGCUUUUCCAGGCCGAUUCUUACGUUGACAAAAGUAUAAGAACUCUAAAAACGAUGAGCAGACGCCUCGUAGCUAACAAGUUUAUCAGUUACGCGAUCAUUGCAGUUCUGAUUUUACUGAUCCUACUGGUGUUGUUCGCGAAAUUUAAAUGA